AUGAAUGAGGCGAGGACAGCCGCAGGACUGCCUGCGUUUGGGAAGGCAUCUGGCGGUACACAAGUGCUGCCGCCAAGCUCCUCUUCGUUAAGAGAGAUAACAGCGGAUACCUUGUGGAACGAAAUUUGCCAGGAAAUAACCGGGGGCAAAGGCGACAGGACUGAAUCCAAAAAAUUGGACGGAACUUUCGCUUACUACGCCGGCGCAAAGGACUGCACGGCAGCAGUGCAGUACUGGAAAGAUGGUUUUUCUCUCUUUAAGAAUGAGCUGCCCCCUACGUACACGACGUUGGGCGAGCCUGAUGUCUACACCGACAGGGCCGUCUCAUUUGUCGCCCUUUACAAUCCCAAGGCAAGCCCUGUAGCUAGCUGCGCCUUUGUCACCUGUACAACAGCAGGAACGUUUGCUGCCGCGGCAAGAAGACCCAGUAGUCCCUCGUUAAGGAGACUUCAAGACGCUCAGACAAAAACUGCCGUUAUCUGCUUGACGAACCCAGAAGCACUAACCGACGGAGAGAAGCCAUUCAAGGAAGAUGAAUGGCAGAAGAUUGUUGACGCUAUAGUUGGUCCAGAAGAGAGCAACGGGGUUUCCCCAAUCCGACCAUCAUUGGCAGUUGGGCUCAUAGCGACAAUUUUUGCCUCAGCUCAUCUGUAG